UAGAAAAAGAGAAGGGUCUCGCCACUUCACCCUCUCGGCUUCAGCUCAACCCUCCACUCUCAUGUCAUUCCUUCAAAUUCGAUCAUCUUCGGCAUGGAAAUUGCGAUUAGAUUCACUCAAGUAGAAUGCGUCACGGACCCGACGAUGGAUUCAUGUCCCGAGUUUCCCUCAGUUAAUGCCCUCGAAGUGUGCAAGUCGUGCUGGUUAGGAAACCCUUUCUCCUCCACGUGGCAACCCCUCCUGUCUCUUCUGCAGCACAGCUUUGCAGAAGGAAAUUUAUUACCAAACACUUUCGUAGUGGGCUUGUGUGCUUCCGUGUGCUGUCCAUAAGAAGCUCCCACUCCUGCAAUGGUUUGUGUCUGUCCGUACGUUACACAGUGAGUGGGACUGAGUGGGUUUCCAAGAUAGCUUGGGCUUUCUUGUUCUUCUUGUUCUUUCUUGUGCUUCACUUUUCGGAGGCCGAAAAGCACGCGAGAAUGAGCUCUUUGGGCGUUGGGGUGAGUCCUGGGAACGUCCCGGUGUACCAUGGGACGAGCCUGAAGGUGAUCGAUCGGAGAGUGAGGCUUGUUGAGCUGGUGCUGAGGUUCGUGAUCUGUGGCUUGGGCGUGCUCGCGGCUGUUCUUGUCGGUACCGACACUCAGGUCAGGGAGAUCUUCACCAUCGAGAAGAAGGCAAAGUUCACUGACAUGAAGGCUCUUGUUUUCUUGGUGAUAGCAAAUGGGAUGGCUGCUUCAUACUCGAUGAUCCAAGCCCUGAGGUGUGUUGUGAGCAUGGUCAGAGGGAGUGUGCUCUUCAGCAAGCCCUUAGCUUGGGCCAUCUUCUCUGGUGAUCAGGUCAUGGCUUACGUGACCUUGGCCGCGGUGGCGGCGGCAGCUCAAUCGGCCGUGAUCGCCAAGCUGGGACAGCCAGAGCUCCAGUGGAUGAAGAUAUGCGGGAUGUACGAGAAGUUCUGUAACCAGGUCGGGGAGGGCAUCGUGAGCGCGCUGCUCGUGAGCAUUAGCAUGGUGGCGUUGUCCGUGAUCUCGGCCUUCAGCCUCUUCCGUUUGUACAAUGGAAGAAACAGAGGGUAGUGAAAUUGUUCUGUUCUUGCCUUUUUCUAGUGAUGCCUCUGUGUACUCAGUCGUACCAUCUGAUAAUGUGGCUGUGUAAAUGUGUCGCGUAUGUGCAAGGGAGCUAUGCAGGGUCUUUAGUUUGAUGUGGAGAUGACAAACGUUGCUAUUGUCCUAA